UGAAAUUUCAUUAAAUUCAACGAUAAGCCAAGAUAAAAACUGAAAAUACACUCACAAUUACUGAUUGAAACAGUAAAUUCAGCGGAAUAAAAUGGAACAGAAAAAGAAGCGACUAAAGGUAACACCAGUUAAAGAUUUGCAUCGCAGCACAGUAUUUCAGUUGAAAAGUUCGGGAAUGUCUAUGAUGCACAAUGGCAUUGCGAGCUUGAUUGAUCCGGACGAUAUCAAACAAGAAACAUACAUCAAAGAAGAAGAUCCAGACUCUGUUGGUCAUUUAAUCGUCGUUCCCGUACUGGACGAUAGUAGAUCGCAGCGAUUACGCGAUUCCAAUGAGCAUGAUGGUGAUUAUGAUUUCGAACUUGUGCGCGUCCGCGAGGUGAAAAUGGAGCCAAACGAAGAAAUCGAAUGCAAGGAGGAACAAGGAAAUGAACCAAACACAAAUGGUGAUUCGGGGGAAGAUGCCACAAAUGACCAAGAAAAUCAACAAGCACAACCAGACCAAGGUCGUCCAAUGAGCAACAGUGUCACAAAAAAUGGUCCGAAAGCACACAAAUGUGAUCUUUGCGAAUAUUCAACCAACGUCAAGUCAAAUUUGAAAGUGCAUUCUCGUACACACACCAAUGAAAGGCCAUAUGGUUGCAAGUACUGCUCAAAAAGUUUUAUAACAAAACAACGUCUAAGCUACCACAUAAAAGUUCAUGUGAAAGAGUUUUUGUUCCACUGUCCUGGCUGUUUGCAAGGCUUCAAUAAAAAAGAACAUAAAAUGAUCCACAUAAGAAGUUGCAAGGUUCGUCGCUAUGAGUGUCAUUUGUGCAAGCAAUCCUUUGGAUCAAUUAAAUCAUAUCUAUUUGAUCAUGUGCGGGUUCACAGCGGCCACAAACCAUUCGAAUGCACCAAAUGCAAAGAAUUUGAGUCUCAUUAA